AUGGGGGCAAAGGAUGUCAAGAUAGGAACAAGUGCAGAACAGGGUCCAGAUUACAUAAAGGAUCAUUUGCCCAAAGUUCAUCAACAUACCUCCUACAUAGGAGAAAAGCGGCCAACCUUAGAAAAGACGGGAGAUCUCAGAUACUUAUGGAGGGCAGCCUCUCACGGAAGCUUGCCACCAAAAUACAAACACGAGUAUGUUGGUGAAGUUGGUUGGGGGGCACAAUACUCCUUCAUCAAUGAAUCCAGACUUAAGAGUGGCUUUCAUAGAAAGCAUGGAGAACUAAGUCUUGGUGCCCUUGAUAAGUUAACCCACAGAUAUCAAAACCCAUGGCAACCAAGGCCUUCUGUCCUAGAUACUGAAGGAAGAAAGAGUCGUGGUUUUCUUGCUUGGCACAUGGGUGAUUAUGAGAACACCACUCAGAGAAACUCCAAUCGGUCCCAACUUUUGAAGCAGAGUAAGUCGCCAUCACUGAGAGUGUCCCAGAUAUCAACACUGCCAAAGGUACCAACAAAGAGAAAGCAUCUUUUAACCUGUGAAACCAAAUUGAAGCCUGUAUUUGAGUCCCCACAAGAUGUCCAUCAAGCUAGGGUGCUGUUAACCCUUUUUGUAGCAAAUGAACAUGAGGUUGUGAAGAUGCCAUGA